CUACCGCGGAGGGGCAGCGCUGGGGAUGAGUCCAUCUUUUCUUCCCAGGGAGGGGGUGGGCAAGGAGGACGAAUGGGGCUCCCACUGGCACCCGGACCUAGAGCAGCUCGUUGCCCACCCGCCUAUCCUCCCCUCCUUGUAAAUUGCCUGGGUGCCCUAUUGUGGGCACAAGAAGAGGAGUCGUGGAGUAGAGCUUCCUUUGCUCCAAGUGAGCGGGACCCUCGCCAGGAGAAGGGCCCUGCAUGCAGCUUCUCUCCCUGCUCCUGGAGGAUGGCAGGGCGGGAGUCGGCUUCCCCUUUCCAGGGUCAAUGAAGCUAAGUUAGCCUGGCAGGCAGCAAGAUGAUGGGACUUCUCCGCCCCAACCUGACGGCAGAUGCCGGCUGGGUCGGCGAUGGGGCCGGGAUCUUCGCCCUCGCGCAUCCUGGUUCUGCGGCAGAACGUUGACCGCUGGGAUACGCUCUCUGCGCGCGGCUGGCCAUGGGUUUGGGAUUUGGAUUUCUUUCUUCCAAAUGCGAGCGAGGGCUAUGACUAGCUCUCUGGGGGAGCAGGCCGCAGCAGCCUAGAAUUCUGGGCACUACCUUAGACAUCUAGGGACACAGGAAAUUAGGGACAAGUGAGGCGGGAACAGAGUUGGUUUGUGAAAGAAAGCUAGGACUGCCUCAAAUGGUUGACCGGGAAGUUUGGGGUUGAUGAAUGAGGUAGGCUGUCCGUGGGGACAGCUGGGAGCCAGCGAGGUCUUGGGAAUGGAGAAGGGGCAUUGAGGGGCUUCACCUUGGCCGGCACUGUCUGCAAGAGACUCCCUUUGGAUUCCAAGGUCACAUUCCGACCCUCUUAUGGACAUCGUCGGCCUCAGAGCUACCCAAAUCGAGGCACCAACUUCCUUCCCUCUAUCUAGCUGCGGGCAGGUAGGGGUGCAGUCGUGUUCAAAGGGAAGAUUAAAUGUCUCCGCUGAUCCUUCAGGCAACUCACUAACACAGACUCUACUCUGGGUAUGCGAAGGUCACUCAACCUUCAGCCCAGAGCAGGGAAACCCAAGCUAAUUCCUCUAGGGAACAGAAGAAUGAGAAAAGGCCAGCACACAACCCAGCCUUGCUGCCCGACUUCCUGGGGCUGGACAGCCGGAUGGAGGGAAGUCGGGGAGAUGCCGGGGCAGCUGGCAACAGCAGGCCGCCAGCAGAAGCCCAAUGUCUUUUGGGUUUCUGCUUGAGAGCUCCCAGGCUGGCUGAAGGGCUCCUGUUCUGCACCCGCCCCAGGUUCAAAGUCAGAAAAUGAGAUACAAGACUUCCUUGGUGAUGAGGAAAAGAUUACGGCUUUACCGAAACUCCCUGAAAGAGUCUAGUAGCAGCUCCGGACACCAUGGCCCCCAGCUUGCUGCCGCCUCCAGCCCCUCGGUGUUCCAGGGCCUUCAAGAGCAGCCGCCCCAGGCCUCCCCCAGCGGCACUUUGAACGGACUCCUGCGUCUGGGGUUCCCUGGAGACAUGUACGCGCGACCCGAGCCCUUUGCGCCAGGGCCGGUGGCCCGCAGCGACGCCCUGGCAGCUGCCGCGGCCCUGCACGGCUAUGGGGGCAUGAACCUGACCGUGAACCUCGCCGCGCCCCACGGUCCCGGCGCCUUCUUCCGCUACAUGCGCCAGCCGAUCAAACAGGAGCUCAUCUGCAAGUGGCUGGCAGAGGAUAGCCCCGCGCCCCCGCGCCUCUGCUCCAAAACUUUCAGCACCAUGCACGAGCUGGUCACGCACGUCACGGUGGAACACGUCGGCGGCCCGGAGCAGGCCAACCACAUCUGCUUCUGGGAGGAGUGUCCGCGCCAGGGCAAGCCCUUUAAAGCCAAAUACAAACUUGUAAAUCACAUCCGCGUGCACACGGGCGAGAAACCCUUCCCCUGUCCUUUCCCGGGGUGUGGGAAGGUCUUUGCUAGAUCAGAAAAUCUCAAAAUACACAAAAGAACUCACACAGGGGAGAAGCCCUUCAGGUGCGAGUUCGAGGGCUGCGAGCGGCGCUUCGCCAACAGCAGCGACCGCAAGAAGCACUCGCACGUGCACACGAGCGACAAGCCAUACACGUGCAAAGUGCGCGGCUGCGACAAGUGCUACACGCACCCCAGCUCUCUGCGUAAGCACAUGAAGGUGCACGGGCGCUCACCGCCGCCGCCUAGCUCUGGCUACGACUCGGCCACGCCGUCUGCCCUCGUGUCGCCCUCGUCGGACUUCGGCCGCGAGCCCCUGGUGGCCUCCUCGGCGGCGGCGGUGGCGCGUGGCGCCGAACUGAGCGAAUGAUGUCCACCGCGUUGCUCGCAAGGUAAUCUCGCCCAACGCAGCUGAGCGCCCGCAUCUAGCGCCUGCGACAUCAAAGGGUCCGCGCACAAAGCAAUGUUUCUUCGCCACGGUGCAUCUUCAUGGUAAGUUAGGAUUUCUAUGGCAAUGGGCAAGUUGCACUGAAAUCCUGAAAGGCCGAGCCUGGAGCCCGUCCAGGCUUUUCAUUAAGGACAUAAUAUUUACGUCUAACAGGCCUUUUUUCUUGUGUAUACAAGUAUAUAUUUUUGUUUGACGCGGACUAAAUCAUUUUCAUUUAAUUUCCGGUAAACAAAACCCACGCGAAUGGGCACUUGUUCCCGAUCAUAAUAAAAAUGGAUAAUAAUGUGAGGGAAGAAAAGGGCCGCUUGAAUCGCCGCUCAGCCCUCUUUGUUUCUGCUUUCUGCGGUGAUCAGAGGGCGCAUUUGGGUUUGAUGGCGAGUUUCUAAAGGCGAGGAAAUGGUUUGUAAGAGGGGAAAGAAAAGGAGAAAGGUCUAAUCAAGCUCGGGUUGUUCAAAGAGUCGGGUUUUGGGGUUGAAAGUGUGAGUUUGACGGUGCAUCAGCAUGCCGCGUUAGGCUCGCCAUGGAAAUGCGCGCGGGGAGCGGCCGCUUCAAAGGCGGCACACUUCACUGCAGACACUCUAUUAAGAUACAUUUGCGCUGACCUUUGCUUUCACGCCAUUUAAUACUGUCACUGCGUUCUCCAGUAUAUACUUCCUCUUUGGGACCAGCCUUGCCCGCGUUUAGGGGUUCACCCCACACUUCUGUGGGGAGGGGUCGCUUCUGUGCCAGGGACGCCCUCAGGAGAGGGAGGAGCCGGACUCCGUACAUCUUGACUGCGCCCCCAAGAAGCUCCAGGGUCAAGAGUAAAUAACUUCAGGGCAAUCUCAGAAGCUUAACAAAUGAGCAUCCCCAGCUCCAUUUUGUGCAAAGCGCCUCUCCUGCAACUUGAGCAGGGUGGAGGCCUGAAUUUGAAAGGCACUUGUGGAGGGGGCACUCUGGAUGAGGUCGGUGGUGGAGUUCAGACUGUGCCUUUGGGACAUUUCCACUCUGGCCCCCAGAGCAGCCCAUUCUGCCCCUCCAUACCAGAAAUCUCUUGCAGCCCCUGCCUCACACUUGUUUCUCCUUGGCAUGGGGUAUAGGAUACCCCUCAGGCCUACUCUGGCCCUGGGCAUGAACUCAAGAGCCCAAGGCCAAGGGGAUAGGGAAGAUGGCAGGAAAGUUAGAAGUCCAUGUUCCCUUAAUUGUCUUGUUGUUUAUUUUAUCCAAGUACCCCAGUGAAUAGGGGAAAAAUAAACACGGUGAAAAAAAAAAUCAAACAGUAGAGUCUUCUUUAGUGCCAGUCCUUGUGGUUGAAUAAAAAGGAUGGUCCGCUUUCUAUUGAGCUGAGAAAUCUUUGAAGUGGGAGUUAUUAUCUGAGACAUUCCUGCUUGUCGUCCUAACAACGCUGAUGAAACGUAAAAGGUUCUUUGUCAGCGAUUUGUUCUCCUCUCUGUCAAACUCCCUCUGCCCCGUUAGUUUCAAACCGUUUCUAAAGAGAUAAAAUCAAACUUCUCUUAAAAAAAAAAAAACAACAAAAACAUGCACAC